UGAUUGGCAGUAGACAGAUCAAUAUCCGGGAGCUUGCAAACAACACUGGCGUCAUAAACUCAGCAAGGCCCGAACGGUCUGGAGAUGUGAGCUUAUUUCAGAUCUAAUUCUUGGUCAGAGAAUUGGUGAAGUACCAGUGAAAACCCACCUUUGUUCUUUUGCACCGAGUCGCGCCAAAUAUCAUGAAUAGGAAAAAGCUACUAAUUGGGAUCGCUGUGGUUGUGGUAUUGGUGAUCGUGGUAGCGGUACCAUGUGCAGUGUUGCUGAAUAAAAAAAAAGACGAGGAAAAAACAUACGAGCAGCGAGUUGCCGCUAUACUGGCGGACACACCACUGAUAGACGGCCAUAACGACAUACCAUGGCAGAUGAGAAAAUAUUACAUGAACCGACUGGAAAACAUCACCCUUGACACAGGUAGCCCAGAACUACACACAGAUAUCCCACGCUUGCGAAAAGGCAAAGUCGGCGGCCAGUUCUGGUCAGCGUUCGUCUCAUGUAGCAACCAAUACAAGAACUCUGUUCGUCUGUUUGUGGAGCAAAUAGAUGUGAUACAUCGCCUAGCAGCCAAGUACCAAAAAGACCUAGAAUUCGUCACCACCGCGCAAGGCAUUCUGGAUGCUUACAAAGCGGGUAAAAUUGCAUCAUUGGUCGGAAUCGAGGGAGGCCACGCUAUUGACAGCAGCCUCGAUACGCUACGGAUGAUGUAUGAGAUGGGAGGACGCUACAUGACGCUGACGCACGGAUGUCACACACCAUGGGCAGAUUCCUGUUCUCCAGCGGUCCCCCUUAACAAUGGGUUGAGUGACUUUGGCAAGGAUGUCAUCCGGGAGAUGAAUCGCCUUGGCAUGUUUGUCGACAUUAGUCACGUGACUACAAAGACAAUGCACGAUGUGCUUGACAUCAGCAAGGCACCAGUUAUCUUCAGCCACUCGUCGGCUUUUGCUAUCUGCAACACCUCACGGAAUGUACCUGAUGACGUUCUCAAGAGAAUGCCAACAAAUGGUGGUGUGGUCAUGGUAAACUUCUAUAACAAUUUCGUCACCUGCAAAAAAGAGGCAACACUUAGUGAUGUGGCUGAUCACUUUGACCACAUCAAGAAAAUCGCCGGCGUCGAUUACAUCGGGUUUGGUGCUGACUACGACGGAGUUUCAAGGGUGCCCACGGGCCUGGAGGACGUAUCAAAGUACCCUGACCUGAUGGUCGAGCUUCUCAAACGAGGGUACUCUGACCAGGACUUGGCGAAGAUCGCGGGCGGCAAUCUUAUCCGAGCUAUGAAAAAAAUGGAACAGGUCGCCAAGGAACUCCAGACUAGCGUCAAGCCGUAUGAUAGUUUCAUCGUUGUAAACAAGACCUGUCGACCUAAUUAUUACAAGGACGUCUUUUAAUCAAAUUACCAAGCUAUGAGGGUCAGAUUUUUUUAUGAAGAGUUAUAAAGGAACUUUAGGAAAAUUAGGUUACAAUGCUGAAUAAGAAGAUGCAAGUUCAUUUGUACUCCUUUCAGAAAACACAAUAAAGACAGCUCAGUCAGUAUUUUUUUAAUCUGAAGCCCUCGCUUUAUGAGCAAUGACCACAGCUAAAAUCAUAUUUGAUACAAGAGAAUACAGCGUCAAAAAAAAAAAAUACAAAAGAUACUUUAUAGUGCGGCGUGCGUUUCCAAAGUUUUAAGAGAGUAAAAAAAAUCGCUAGGGUUAUCUUUGACUUUGAGGUUUUUGGCAUUUUUAUUUUUAUUUAGUAAUCUGGAGAAGCUAAAAGGAAAAAACUUAUUAAAGAAUAGAAAACGCACGGACAAAGUUUAUAUAGGUUUUUAUAGCUUUUACAUAAUUUUACAAGAAAUUGGUCGAUCUUUUUAUGUUUCGAUCUUGUCAAUUUGUAAUCCUGGAAAUAUCCAAAUAGAAUAAAAAAGGUCUUAAGUCUGUUUUGUAUACUGGAGAAUAUCUAUUUAUGAGUGUUUAUUAAAAUCCUUGUCUUGCAA